GAGAUUGAAGAAGCUCUACAAAAGUUCUCCAAACAUCCACAUCUUGUCCACACGGAUAGUGUGUUUGUAGUUAUCAUGUCUCACGGAUCUCUGCAAGGUGUCUGUGGCACUGACUGCAAACCUUUUGAAAUUGAAAACAUUUACAAGAGCCUAAACACACAGAAUUGUCCUGCACUACAUAACAAGCCCAAGGUGGUCAUCAUCCAGGCUUGUAGAGGAGGUCAGGCGGGUUCGGUGGUUUUACAUGAUGAAGUUUUAACCACUAUUGGAAGAGACAUCGAGACAGAUGCUGUGGUACACAAAGAAAAGGACUUCAUCUCUCUGCUGUCCUGCACCCCUAAUACGACUUCAUACAGAGAUGAGUCAUACGGCUCUUAUUUUAUCCAAUAUAUUGUUGAGAUAUUCAAAGAGUUUGCUGAUGUGGAUCACAUUGAGGAACUGUUCAGAAAAGUCAUGCAGCGCUUCGAGGAAUCGGAGUUUGGUGAAAUUCAGAUGCCAAGCAAAGACAGAUGUACUCUGACCAAGAACUUCUACCUGCUUCCCUACUAA